GCACACCCCGAGGUGUCUCUGUUGACUCUCCGAAGGGCUGGCUCAGCUGUCCGGAUAGCGCCGUUGCUAAGAGCGGACUCCGCCUGGCUCCACAAAUACACAGGAGAUCCGAGGAGGCGGUCCCUCCGUCCUUCCCUCCCUCACCCCACCCCGAUCUCCCGUGGGCUUCCCCAGGUAGAGGAGGAGCGACGGAAGGCGAGGGGAUCGAGAGUGCAGCCGGGAUCCGGGCUCUCUCAGACAGACAUUCAUCGCCUGGACGGUGCGCAGCGCAGCGCCGGCGAGCCAGACUCCGCGAGCAAGGCGACUCUCGUCUCUUAUCGCAGGGCGAGGUGGGAAUUACCCCGGACUCUGCUGCUCUGGCGAUGACGGACGCGUUGUUGCCCUCGGGCUGCCGGGCGGCGGACCAGAGGGGAGACUGCUACUUUCGAAAGGUAAGCAUCGCGGCGAUCUGACCUGCGGGCAGGUGGGUGGGUGGCAGGCAGGCAGGCAGCGCGCACCCCACCCCUGGCCCUCCGUAGGCAAGGCGCAGCGCGAUUGAAUCUGCCUGCCACCCCGAUCUAUACUUCGUGCCCUGAAGAACCCUUCGCUCGGCCAGGAAUUUGGAAAAGGAGACGGUUAUGCUGUUGCCUGUAUGGUCAAAACUUUGAUUUGGCUUUUUGAAGGGUGUUUUUUUCUCUUAGUAAAAGCUAAGCAUAACAGGUGUGGUGGGGAGUCUCGGGGGGAUUUGAAUACAGUAGUUAUUUCAUUGUAUUGGGUGCAUGUAUUUGAUUAUCUGCCUAGAGCAAGUUGAUAAUAACAGUAGUUAGCUUAUGGAAACAGAAAUGACCGUGAGAGGACAAUUAGCAGGUGCUGGAAUUGUUGAAGACAUUGCUGCCUUCUAGAAUCUUUAGAGUUAUAAUCUUUAGAGUUGCUACCGUUUCCCCUAGCAGGGCUACCUUGUCCAUAAUAGUGUCUCAUAGCUGUCAACGUUUCCCUUUUUUUUAAAGGGAAAUUUCCUUAUUCCGAAUAGGAUUCCUCGUAAGAAAAGGGAAAAGUUGACAGCUAGGAGUGUCUGGACAUACAAAAAUUCAACAGGGACAGAUGUCCCCAGCAGGGAACUGUUAUGCUGGGAACAGCUGUUAGCUCUUAUCAGAGGAAAUACAGAGAGAAAAAGAGAGCACAGUCCUAUAUAUGUUUACUCAAAAAUAACUGCCACUGUGUUCAGUGAGGCUUUCUCACAAGUAAACAUAUAUAGGAUUGUAGCCACAAGUACAUAGGCAUAGCCAAGGGGAGACAGGGAAGGGCCUUGCCCCCCUAAAUAAAUAAAAUUCAAUAAAAAUACAUAGCAAACUGACGUUCUUCCCAACCGCCAACAAAAGGUCUGUCCCACCUAACAAAAAUCCUGGCUAUGCCCAUACACAAGUAACUGCUAACAUUUACCAAAUGAAAAAAUAAUUUGUUUGUAUCCAACCAAAUCCUGCCUUCUAUUUUUGUUAGCGCUUGUCUUUAUGUGGAAGUUAUUCACAUUGAACUCAAUAGUACCUACUCCCAGUUUUUAUUGGUUGGGAAGUUUUUAAUGUUUGGUGUUUUAUUAUGUUUUUAUAUGUGCUGGAAGCUGCCCAGAGUGGCUGGAAAACCUAGCCAGAUGGGUGGGGUAUAAAUAAAUAAAUUAUUAUUAUUAUUAUUGCAAUAAAAUUAACAAACUCCCAGUUUUUAAGUGUACAUAGGAUUGCAACUUUCAGCUUCAUAACGUAUUUUUUCUAAUGCCUAGAGAGCCCAUAGUUUUAUAUUUCAAAACUGUGAGAGAGAGACAAAUCUAUUGCCCUCAAAAUUUCAGAAGGUAGAAACUCAUUGUAGAGUAGGAUCUAUUCAAUCCUAUUAUAAAACAAGGAAGCUGUUAUUAUACCAUCCAAAUAGGUACAACUUGAUAGUUUGCUGCAGUGUUAGGUACUAAUUUGGUACAUUCCAGCACUAGGUACAUCUAAGUAAGAAAACAAGUAGUAAGCAACCUCUUUAAUAGAUUGGAUGGCAAUGUGUAUUCCUCCCAUUUUGGAGACUGCUGCAAUUAUCAGAAUCUGAUACAGAAGCGACCUCUGACCUUUGCUACUCUUGUACUUUUAGAUGGGAAUCACACCCUCUUAAAAAAAUGUAGCAUUGUCUCCGCCACUACCUCACUACCCCUUGCAGAAAAUAAACUUGGCAGGGAUUUCCAGAAGCCAGCUCAGCUUAAUUUUUUACUAAAGCGUGCGUGUCUGCAGUUUGCAGACCAAACCAAGUGGGUAGUUUAGUGAACUAAAGUAAAGUAAAGGUUUCUUUAGUGCAAGCAGUUGUUGUUUUUUUUUAAAAUAAGUAUUGCAGCCUACAUUUCUAGACUAGCCCUCAUGCAGUGGGAUCCACAAGCCGUUUCAGCAGGAGUGCUUGGGCUUAAAGCUGAGCCCAGGAGAUGCAACUGUAGGUCAGUGGUAGAGCACUAACUUUGCAUACAGAGACACACAGGUUUGAUCCCUGGCAUCUCCAGUUAAACUGGUCAGGUUUAUUGUGUGUAUGGGGGAAAGACCCUGUAUGAAGAACUGCUGCCAGUCAGAAGAGAUGAUACUGGGAAAGGUGGACAAAUUAUUUGACCCUGUAAAAGCUGGCUUCUUGUGUCCCAGUCAGGGAAUGUUUGAAACUCCAUGAUGCAGCCUCCACCUUGAGGCUAAGCAGGUCUGGGUCAGGUCUGGUCAAUGCCAGGAUGAGUUCCAUGGAAGAAAGAUGGGUUAUAAAUAAACAAAGUGGAUCACAACUAUAGCUUUGGUAAAACGGCUUGCAAACUUGAUCACAGUGCGAACACCCCUUUCCCUCAAACAUUCUUCUGACUCUGAUGGGUUGUGAAGCUGGUCUGAAACUUGAGUUAACUUUAGCUAAAAACAGCUAAUAAAGGGAACUGCUGGCCCCAGGCUUGUAAAGGGAAAGCUAUUCAAAAGGAAACGCGAUAAGGCAUUUUAGAUUAGGGCAUUUUUCAGCUGGCUAAGAGCCUGACAAUACAGCAGCUAGCCCCAGGUGAGUACUUAAAAGGUUUGUAAACCUCUCCCUGCAUAUCAGAUUACCCAGGUUAAAUUUAGGGCACUUCUGAAACUCUGGCAGCUCAUUUUGUGAGCUCCCAACAGGUUUCAUCAGGUGCCUCAUCAGAAAGUUACGUAAGUGCUCCUAUAUGUGCGUGACUGAACCCUCUGCCCUUUUACAAUGAUUCUAUGUAACAUACCAUCAGACCUAAUAAUGUGUAGAUAGGGAACAAUUUCCAUUUUAAAUAGUGGUACAAACAUCAGAAUUCCUGCACAGAAAGCACUUUGGUCUAGGAAGAUGUGGGGAAAGGUAAAGGUAAAUGACCCCUGGAUGGUUAAGUCCACUCAAAGGCGACUAUGGGGUCAUCUCACUUCAGGCUGAGGGAGCAGCUUUCCAGGUCAUGUGGCCAGUAUGACUAAACCGCUUCUGGUGCAACAGGACACCAUGAUGGAAACCAGAGCGCACGGAAACACUGUUUACCUUCCUACCACAGCGGUACCUAUUUAUCUACUUGCACUAGUGUGCUUUCAAACUGCUAGGUUGGCAGAAGCUGGGACAUUUCCCUGUAGGAAAAUGUAUCGAACCUCAGCACUGGGCAGAUGUUAUUUUCUAGUAAUUGGGGGAGGCAGAGUUCCGCCAUCUUCGCAUAUUCUAUCUUCUAUUUCUUCAUGAGAGUUGUGGAAGCUGGGGACAACAUUCUAGCCACCAUGUGCUAUAUUGGAGCAUUUGACUAUGAAGACCUAAGUUCAAAUCCCUGCUCAGCCACAGAGAUUUGAUGUGGGUUUUCUGGAAAAGUUCGAAUUUUAAUGUUUUCAAUUUUCAUCUGAUUUUUUUCAUGCCCUACAGCAGGGGUGGGAACAGGAUCCCAUCUGUGGGCCAGAUCCUUAUCUUUCGCACCCAGACAACUUUGAAGCCAUCUGCCUGUCAUUCACCUGACGUGAUAAUUGUGGCUGGCAACUGUCAAAGCUUAAUGGCAGUUGUCAUACCUGCCAGUCAGCUGAACCUCAUUCAAAGCCUUGCUUUCGCCACUCGGCUGCAUGCAUAAUCAUUAGCAAGGAUCAUGUUAAAAAAUAAUCUAGGCUGAUUUGUUUGCAUAUCUCAUUAGAAUCAUGUAUAUGACAACUGAAGUGAUGCAAAUGGUAGAGGUGGUGUUCUUGCUGUGGAUUGGGCAGAGUCUUUUCAUAUCCAUCAGAAGCAAUCCUGAUAUCUGGAAAAACUUCCCCACCUGCCUCUUACAGUAAAUCAUGUGUAGUCAUUUUAUGUUGCACCAAAUGGUCAUAACAAAAAUAUCCAAGUUUCAGAAUGGUAGCAAUCAAAUAUAAAAAUUGUCAGUAGAAACAUUUGCAUCAAUAGAACAUUAAUAACUGUAUCAGUCAUUGCAUAGGAGAAGUCUACAGUCAGUUGUGUAUUGGGAAGGAAACUUUGGACAAAAUUUAGCUAUGGCUCAUGCAGGGCUGGUCACUGAACUGAUGGUGUCCUUAUUAGGGGCUUUGAAGGUGGUAAAAGGUAACAGAGGAGGUGAGCUUUAAAGAGUUAUCCAGAAAAAAAAGAAAUAUGUGCCCAAUAAAUGUUGAGAUAAUCUUAAAGGCAACUGUUGCAUGUUCUCAUAUGCCAAAAAAAAAAAAAAAAAGUCAUGCUUUUAAAAGUAACCCAGUUUUGUUUUUCUUAUGUAGAUAUGGUUGAGUAUGAGAUACAGUGGUACCUCGGGUUACAUACGCUUCAGGUUACAGACUCUGCUAACCCAGAAAUAGUGCUUCAGGAUGAGAACAGAAAUCGUGCUCCGGCGGCACGGCAGCAGCGGGAGGCCCCAUUAGCUAAAGUGGUGCUUCAGGUUAAGAACAGUUUCAGGUUAAGUAUGGACCUCCGGAACGAAUUAAGUACUUAACCCGAGGUACCAUUGUAGUUGCGAAUUUCUCUUCAGGGAGGAAGUUUAAAAUCUAUCUCGCAUGAACUUUCAAGCAUUGGCAAAUGUAGGCAAGAGGUGCCAUUCAUUGCAGCCCUGUGCCUGUUGGAGCAGAUAGCUGAAUGAUUAAUCACAGGGCAUGACAUGGCUGCAUGGACAGUAGCUCCACCGUGAUGUGCAAACACACUCACCAGCAAGAAGCUGGAGCUGCUGACUUCCUUAUUACUAAGUACGCAGCUAUAUAUUUAGAUGCAGGCAAGUGAGAAAUUGACUCUGGAGAAUGAGGGCUUUGAACAUUUGUGACCAGUCUUCAUCUUCACGUGGACAGUGCAUGUGCCAAUGGGUGGGAAAUGUUGAGUGCAUUCCCCACAUUUAGAAGUAAAAGAAAACCUGUGCAAAGGAAAACAAGCUUUGGCUCAAAUUCUGUUUGACUUUCUUAUUUGCAUUGCUCAGUUGAAACAGCUGGCAAGUGAUCUUAUUAACACUUUUCUUAGUGUGGAUUCAAUAAUUAAGACACACUUUUUGAUCAACAUUUAAUUCCACCUUCAUUUUUCCUGUGGUUUCUUUGCAUUUGAUUAAGUACUUGGGGAAGACUUUUAGAAAUUUCACUUAAACCCCCUAUAAAGGUAUGUUAGAAAAAUGCUUGUUUUCCUAUAGUGUUCCUCUUUUGAGCUCUGGAGGAAGCAAAGACAUGAGAAAAGGGAAUUCUUUCCUGGUUUUUUUAAAGUCACAAUGUACCCUUUUACUUAUAGAGUAGAAUAUCAACCCGAUACUGCUGGCAAAACAAUCUCAUGUAAGAAAGAGACAGAGAGAGAAAGGUGCAUAGUUCUACAAGUUAUAAAGCAAAGAUUUCUAGUGAAUUGUGUGUGACAUAUUCAGGGUGGGUGGCCUGCGACAAAUCAUUCACUGUUUUCUUUUUAUUAUCUGUGAAGCAGUAGUCCUAGUGACCUUUCUCACAGUGGAAUUCAAGAAGAGCCAUGUUGCAUUGACCCCCCGCCCACAAGGCAUGUAUAUUCCAACAUUUCUCUUUCCAACAGCAACCAGCCAUAUGUUUUUGGAAAGCCCAUGAGCAGGAUGUACCUGCACCCACUGCCCCUGCUUUGCCCCUUCCCAGCAUCUGACAGACACUUGCAGAGGGAAAGUCUACACCCAUAGACUUCCUUGGAAGCUGGACCCUGUGCAACCAGCUUCCACGAAACCUUAUAGAGAGAUUUGCAUUCAUAGGCUUUCCUCCUUCUGGUAUCCAUGACCAAUGCGUGGACAUCAGAGGUGAGCCAAAGGAAGCCAUGUGACUCAGAGGUGAGGUCAGCAGUGCGAUCAUUGCCCCUAGUAACUAGGUCAGGACCCCUUCACAUGCACAAUGUGUGGAGCGGUCUAAAAUAUUGAAGAGAUCCAGGCUAGAAAUGCUACAGGGCACAGGUGCUUUAGUGUAGGUUGAGCUGCUGCAGGUUGUGUGGAAGCCCAAACGGAAAUGACCCAGCUUCAUUUUAGGAAUGUGUUUGUUUGCCUGCUUUUUGAAAAAUUGAAAAGGAGAGAGAACUUUCUGUCCUUUCCCUUGUCAAUGAUUAUACAGAAAGAGGAAGCUCUUAAAUGGACCUCUAUCUUUUUUUGAACAUUCACCCAUGCCUUUAAAGAUGUAAAUACAGGAAGUCUGGGCAGAAGGCUAAUGUCAGCUGUACCUGCCAAUUUUUAUUUACACAGUCUCAUGGAGUUUUCACACUUUUUAUCUAAGGCAGGGACAGGUAACUUGUGGCUCUUCAGAUAUAAUAAUAAUAAUAAUAAUAAUAAUAAUAAUAAUAAUAAUAAUAAUAAAUUUAUUUAUAUCCCGCCCUCCCCAUCCGAAGCCGGGCUCAGGGCGGCUAACAACAAUAAAAUAAUACAACAUUCUAAAAUCAUUUCGUUAUAAAAUUAAUUCAAAUCAAAUUGAUGGCAACCAUUGGGCUAGAGUUCUGUGAAGACUGCCAAAGGAGGGAGUCAUAAAUGGAUUACAGUUCCCAGCAUCCCUAGCUAUUGGCUAGGCUAGCUGCUGGGGCCUUCUGGGAGUUGGGAGUCAAACAGUGUCUUGAGAGCCACAUGUUCCCCAUCCCUAAUCUAAUAGGAUCCACCAUUUGUUCCCCCUCUCUUUGCUUAAGGGUUCUCUGCUUGUCUAAUUUUAUGUCAAUAGCAACAGCCUGAUAAAAGUGUGCAUAUGCAAACGCAUCUUACAGAUUCCAAGCUUUUCCCAGCCUUUCUGCCUGGGAACCUGGAGGUAUUCCUGCAUUGCCUCUGGUGAUUGAUUGAAUGGCUUUUAACUGGUCCCAGUCAAGCUACUUUGCUAAAAGCUUGUGUUGGCAAGUUUGCCUCAGGCCUCUGUGCUAUGAUCCACCUUCUGGCUGUCACAAAUAUGUAUCAGAUUUAUGUAACUGUUAUGUGCUGAGUACACACAGAAGGUGGUUAUAUAUUAACUGCUGUUUUUUAAUAGCCAUUCAGCCCAAUUCUACUUGUACACAGAGGUUCCCUAUUAUGUUCAGUGACACCAUUCUGUGAUAGGAAUACAUUGUCUUGCUGGCUCAGACUGAGGCCCAUCUAAUUCAGCAUUCUUGUUUCAAACAAUGGCCAGCCACAUGCCCUCUUGGGCCCAGGAUAUUUUGUUGCCUGAGGUGAAAGACUAGAUGCCCCCCCCGCACAUACAGAAGCCCCACAGAAUGAACCGUAGAGUUGGAGGGUGCCCUGCAGGGCGUUAGCUGGACCAACCAUAGCUGGACCAACCAUAGAGAUGGCUGUCCAAUCUCUGAAGACACCCAGGAAGGGAGAGCCCACUGCCUUGCUAUGUAGCCAUUCCUAUGGUUGAAUGAACAGUCUCCUGCCUCCCAUAAAAUUGUUGGAUCCUUCUGUUUUUUAAAAGCCAUCCAAGCUAGUGGCAAUUGCCACAUUUUUGGGUAGUGGAGUAGUAUCACUCUGGUGAUAUUUCGCAUGAAGAAUCAAUUCCUUUCAUCGGUUUCCUUGAGUGACUGAAGUUUUCUUUUUUUAUAUAAUAAUUUUUUAUUCAUUUUCCAAACAUUUUUAUACAAUCAACUCAUAUUAACUCUCACAUUCAUCAAUUUUUGACUUCCCUCAGUUUCUCUGCCAAUCUUUCGUUAAAAUUUCUAUUGUUAACGCAUUUCUGAACUUAUUAUUGCCUUUAACCGUUCCUCUUCCUUUCUCCUACUUUAUUUUUUACAAUAUUUCUUAAUUUUUCACAGAGACUCUUCAAAACCAACAAGCGUUGUCUGUGCAUCACAUAUGCUUUUCAGAUAAUCUGUAAAUUUCCCCCAGUCCUCGAUAAACUUUUGGUCUUUCUGAUAUCGAAUCUUCCCAGUCAAUUUAUCCAAUUCCACAUAUUCAGUUUCAUUCUCCAUUCUUCCACAGUUGGAAUUUCUUCCUGCUUCCAUCUUUGCGCCAGAAGUAUUCUUGCAGCUGUUACAGCGUAUUGGAAAAGUUUACAAUCUUUUCUAUUAAUUUCAUUACCUACCAAUCCUAGUAAGAAGGCUUCUGGUUUUCUAACAAAUGUAUAUCUCAACAUCUUUUCAAUUCCUUAUAUAUCGUUUCCCAGAAGCCUUUCACCUUUUUGCAUUCCCACCACAUAUGAUAGAAAGUUCCUUCUUUUUCUUUACAUUUCCAACACUUGUUACAUGUUUUAUACAUUUUAGCUAAUUUAACUGGCGUUAUGUACCAUCUAUAUACCAUUUUCAUUACAUUUUUCUUCAACGCAGUACACACCGUAAAUUUUAACCUUUCAUUCCAUAAUUUCGUCCAAUCAUCAUAUUGUAUAUUAUAACCAAAGUCUCUGGCCCAAUGUAUCAUUACUGAUUUCACCUCUUCAUCUUUUGUAUGCCAUUCCAACAACAUUCUAUACAUUUUAGACAAAUUUUUAUACUCAUUAUUCAAUACCUCUAUUUGAAAUUUUGAUUCUUUUCCUUCAUAUCCACACAUUUUACAGUCUUUUUUAAACAUUUCACUAAUCUGGUAGUAGUGCAACCAAUCAUAAACAAAUUCUUUCACCUCUUCAUAAGUCUUCAUUUUCCAUUUCCCCCCCUCUCUUACUAUCAAUUUUCCAUAAGUUAUCCACCUCCCCCUCAUGUUUAGAGUGACUGAAGUUUUCAACAGACAUGGGAAUGUAGAGGAUACAAGCAAAGGGGUUAAUGGAGCUCCUUGUCUGAGGAAACCUUUUUGUAUUUGGGAGUAUUUGCUGUGUCAGUGUUUGUUUGCUCUGGAGGUAGGACAGUAACACAGGGUGGAGCAGAAUGCCUUGCUUUAACCAUUGAGGCACACCCAGAUUCAACUCUGUUUCAACUUCUCUGUGCCAUUAACAUGCAUCUCAGCUUAUCAGUUGUCAGCUUAUCAUGACAUCAUUUGAAAUAUCUCAUCUACCGGCAGCACUGAAUACAUUCAGUACUGUACCCCUUCCGCUGAAUAAUCUGGCAAUCAGAGCUUUGUUAAUGAUGUCACAACUGCAGCUUCCAAUUUUGAAAUCCAACACUGUCAGUGUUUAAUGGAGAGUCUGUGUGGAAGUGGAUGGGUAUAUCUGGCUUCUGUUUUGUGCAAGUACAAGGUGUUACAUCUUUUGCUUUUCCAGAUUUGCUAGCAGCACUAUCAAUUACCACAUUAGGCAGUUAAGAGUGGGAUAUUGCCUAAGCAGGGUCAGCUUAUUGCUAACUUCUGAGAGCCCCAGCUAUGAAGCAAUCUGUACACUUGAGAAAUAAAUACGUGAAUACUGGCGGUUUAUGUCUCUCUCUCUCCCCAGGUGAAAUCAGUUGCACAACAGCCAGACUCUUCCCUCCUGCCCCUGUUUGCAGAAUAAGAAUCUUAAGGACAGCUUUUAAGUAUUUUGGGCUGCUAGAAUUCCAGUAUAUAUCCAUUCCUACAAUAAAUGUGGGAUCUACAUCAGGGUUGAGGAAUCUGUGGCCCUCCAGGUAUUGUUGGAAGGCCAGUGCCUCUCAGUGCCAGGCAGCCUGGCAAAUGGUCAUAUAUGGUGGUGGUGGUUGUUGUUCCGCAACAUCUAGAGGACUAUAGACACAGGGAGAUCCUUACUCCGCCCAGAUGCAUCUAAGCCCAGUGCCACCUAGUGAUUAAACUCUGAUUACCCUUUCCUCUGAGGCAUUGCGGGCAAGGUCACCAGGAAAGUUCUGGUGCCAUCACCGUGAUGGUGGCAAGCUGCUUCCCCCAUCCCCCUUUUCAGAUAAUGUUAAAUAGUAGUUUGCUGCUAUUACAGAAAACUGGCACAGGUGCUAAGCAAGACCUGGAGCGCCCACAUCACUACUUUGCUUUGCAGCUAGCAGACAGUUGAGCUGGGUAGGCAGCAGUGGCAUACAAUGAUUUGUCACUGGAGGGAUGGGGGAACACAAACCGCUGUGCCUCCCAGUCUGCUGCCUGAGCCAUGUAGCUUCACAUUGUUCAUGGUAGGGCUAGCCCUGCUCACCCUGAUCCUUCUUUGGCUAGAGAUGUUGGGGAUUCACUUGGGAAAGUGUGUGCUCUGCCAGUGAGCUGUGCUCCAUUACCUAUGUUGAAAUAUGUGCAGCAGAGCUUGGAUUCAAAUUUCUUUUCUCCCUACAGGGCAAGGCCUGAGCAUGUAAACUUGAGAUUUUUAUUGGGCUGAGAUUUCCCCCCUGGAAGGAGUGCCUCAAGCAGGCCCACAGAUUUUGCAUAUCCCCUCUCCCUUGUACUUGGUUUCAGAGAGCAAAGCUCAUCAGUAACAAGAGAUUAAUUCACGGUGACAUGUUGUUCAGGCAGUUUGGCAAACAUGAAGCUUCCUAGAGAUGAUUAUGCAAGUUUUUGGGCCAAUUUGCAUACAUACUCCAACCGUCCCUAUUGGUCAGGGACAGCCCCUGUUUUCAUGAACAUGUCCCUGGGAAAACUCUGCUCCUGUUCCCCCCUCCCCUUUAGGGGACAUCUUAUUGAGAUUCAGUUAGUGUGAGUUACGACAUUUGACAUGCUUCAGGUCUGUGGAAGUUAACAUCUCUGUGUUAUAUCCAAUCCAAGACUAAGUCUGGAUCCACCUCUUUGAAUUAAGGGCAUGGAUGUAUCUGUGUGUCUAAUGUGUGCAUACACACGCAUGUGAACUUUAAGGUUCCUGUGCUGGUGAAGCUCAGUUUGAACUGGCAGGCAACUAAAUGACCAAACAUCUUACUGGUUUUGAGAAUAGUGCAGGGCAUUCUGUUAGAGUAAAUAAAUACAGACUUGAGAUUUAGCAAUGGAAGAGCCAUAGUUUCAUGUCAUGAGAAUGAGCCACGAUGAGCCCCUGGCUCAUGUAUUUCUCUUUGCAGUCUUGGUGGGUGUGCUUUUCAGACUUCAUCAACAUCACAGAAUGAAUUAGUCCCAUUAAUGAAUGAAGAACAUCAGGUGAUGCUUUUAGUCUCAGCGCCUAUGAUAUAUGUUUCUUCCAAGAGCACCAGCAUUUGCUGAAAUUGGACUUCAUGUAGAGGUUUAAAACACUGUGUUUCCUGGAGAAAAAACUGUUGCAGGAAGUGUUGGUGAUUAGGCAAUUAUUCUGUCAUUGGGUUAAACAAAGACAUGAUUUAGACUUAAGACUUUGAAUCCUGAACAAGUUAUGGAGACAAGGUGCCUAAGCAACCCACCGGUCUUGUGAGAGAGUUAUCCUAGGUACUAAUCCAAGAAACUGCAGUUUAAGCAACAAUCCUGUGCAAUGCUGGUAGCCAGGUUAUCCUAGCUCAAAGAAAUGUCCAUUUUUUUCUGAAACACUAUAGCUAAUAGUAUAUCAUGGGUGUUACUAAUUUCAGCUAACUCCAGCUCUGCGGAAAGGAAGCAGACCCACCACGAUACAGGGUUGCCCAUCCACUCUAGACAAUAUUAUUUUUAUGUAAAUAUUUAUAAGCUGCACUUUCAUAAAAAAAUACAAGCAUACAAAAUGAUAAUAAAACACCAGUAACAACAUAAUACUAGCUGGUAAGAAGAAAUCAACAUUGCAAAGGUCUCAUUGAAUAAGAACAUUUUUAGGAGACAUCUCAAGGAAGGCAGGAAUGAUUCUUGCUAAACCUCUACCUGUUUCGGGAGUUCCAACAGGACAGUCCUCAGCCAAUCUUUCUCGCAAUAUCUGCAAUGUAGUGUCACUCUGAGGCUUUAUGGGAAAUUAAACUGUUUGUCUGAUGCUGCCAGGUUAGACUCACAGUUGUAAGCCCAUAUGUGGGGCCUUGCUGGAGGACUUUUGCUAUGGGUCCUCUCAAACAAGGCCCCUAAAACUUGAAACAAGCCUAAGAUACCAGCCUUUUCUUGGUCUCGAGGCCUUGUUCCCAUGACUGGGUUUGCUCUUAAACAAACCCUUUUAACUUUGUUCUGCAGUCAUAAUAAUAUUUGAACUUCUUAUCCACCUGUAAGAGGAUUUUGAUCACAAAAAUGAAAACACUUUAUCAAUAUAGCAGAAGUGGAAUGCCUUCUGGUUUUCUUUGUGAGAUUGCACCAGGAAUGCAAGCAAGACUUUUCUUUUUAAUCUAAUCAAUAUUUUGUAAUUGAACGUUGAAGGAAAACACACCCCUUACUGUAAGUCCUUAUGAAGCUCUCAUAUACACAGCCGUGUUUUCAGCCAUCUGGAAAGCCAGUACUGGAAAGAGAUUUCAAAUUUAUAUUUGCUAGUAUUUUGUUUUAUUUAAAUAGAUUGUUGCUCAUUGUUCUGAAAACUUUUGGGAUGAAGGGUGGGAUAUAAAUCUUAAUAAUAUUAAUACUAAUGACCUCCUAUUGCUUGAAGCUGCCCACCAGCUGCCUUCCUUUUCCAAUGUAUUCUAUUGCCUAGACGGGCAUGGUUGGCAGGGACUGGGGGCAGAGCCUUCUUUAGCAUCACCCAAGAAAGAAAUAUCAGCAGACUCGUAGGUACCCCAAGGUUUGCAGAGAUAUGAAAUAAAUCUGUGGAAAAAACAACUUCUAAGGGGGGGGGAUAGAAACCCCAAACAGCUCAGUGAGGGCUGACUGUUGGAGGGUUUGGAAAAAGAAAGCCAGGAGGGCAAGAUGAUAGAAUGGAGCGUCCUGAUCACAAGCACCACACGCUGCAGCAUUUUGUUGCAGGCUCCACUUGUUACUGUGUGAGGCAUGCUUGGAGUCACAGAAGUAUUUGUAGAAUAUUUAUAAAGGACCGAAGCUAUUGGCAAAGGCUGUAGAGAGAUCUUGGCUUGGGUCAAAGAUGCAACUCCCCUUUGCUUCCUCUUUAGCAAGAGGAUUGGGAAACACUGUUUUGGAUGACAUAUAUGGGGUUUUUUUUAAUUGAAAAAUGUGGAGAUCAGCGUUAUCUGCUUAGGGAGGUGUCCAUUCAUUCUUUAGUUCUUUGCUCACCCACUUUUGAUAAAUGAUGUGUGCUUCUGUAAUCCAGGGAUGCAACCCUCUUGCAGAAACUGGACGGAGCAAACUGCAGAACCAAAGAGCAGUCCUCAACCAGCAGAUACUGAAGGCGGUGAGGAUGAGAGCUGGCGCUGAAAACCUCCUCCGGUAUGUUCCCACGACUUCCCUCCUCCCUCUGCCCACAGCCCCAGAAUGCAGCCUUUGUUCUAUCCAACAGGAACAGCCUCUGAUUCCCAGCCAGCUGCCCAGUGACUCCCAACAUUUCACGGAAGAAAUUGUAGCUGGGAAUAAUCCUGCAUGUAGACUCAAUGUAGUAUUUUUAGACUUUCAUCUAUAGGAAAUCUGUCUGCUCUAAAAGCUCUCCCUUGCUUUUCUUUACACAUGUUUUAUUUUGUUUAAAAGAAAUCACAUUUAUUUAUGUACUGCCUUUCCAUUUAAAACAACUCACUCAGUGUUUACUCCAAACUGCAUAACAGAAAUAAUGAAAAAGCAAUCUUAAACAGAUACAAUGUCAGCAUUUCUAACAAACACAAUAAUAGAUAAUUUCAUAACUAUCUUUUGAUGCCAUAAUAAUUCAUUGAAUAAAAAUAUUUUUUCAGCGGUAGGGAGCAGCUAGGAUAGCUCAAUACACAAUAUGAUUUCAAUAUUUCAAACAAUUCAUUUCAUAAAUAUAAUGGCUUGGGUUCUAAGAUAAGGUAACUUAAGAAAGUUUACAGAAGGGUUAGGGUUUCUCGUCCGUUCCUUCUUCAUGCAACCUGACUGGAGGUUUGGGGGCCCUCAUUUGCUGAGCAAAGUGGGAUCAGGCACAGGGACCAUCCCAAACAAAGUGGCACAGAAGUGGGGUGGGGAGACAUUCCUUCCCCAAACUUUCUUAAGUUAACUUGGGAUCCAAGCAGACAUCUGAAAGCUGUGCAUUUGCUGUUGGUGUUUGUUAGCCUUGUUUGUUGCUUGUUACUCAGCAAUUUCCAAAGAACUUGCAGCACAUUUUAACGUAAGCAUUCAUAAAAUACAUUAUAAUGUUGACACAUUCAUACAAAAACCUAUGCAAUUAAUUUAAAAUACAGUGGUGCCUUGCAAGACGAAAUUAAUUCGUUCUGCGAGUUUUCUCGUCUUGCAAAUUUUUCGUCUUGCGAAGCACGGUUUCCCAUAGGAAUGCAUUGAAAAUCCAAAAGGAAACAAACUUGCAAGACGUUUUCGUCUUGCAAAGCAAGCCCAUAGGGAAAUUCGUCUUGCGAAGCAACUCAAAAAACGAAAAACUCUUUCGUCUUGCGAGUUUUUCGUCUUGCGAGGCAUUCGUCUUGCGAGGUACCACUGUAUGCAAAACAGUCCUUUCCCCAGACAACCUUGGAAAGCUUUGACUACGCACGAGCAGCAAAAGCAGCAUUGUCAUAGUCCAUCAAAAGCCUGGACAAAAUGUAGCUAUUAAAAUGACUCCCUUUUAUUAAAAGGUACAGUGGUGCCUUGGAAGACGAAAUUAAUUCGUUCCGUGAGUUUUUUCGUCUAGCGAAUUUUUCGUCUUGCGAAGCAUGAAAUCCCAUAGGAAUGCAUUGAAAUUCAAUUAAUGCGUUCCUAUGGUCAAAAAAGUCCAAACAAAGCCAAAUUUGGUACAACAAGAGUUUAUUAAGUGCUCUUUAAAGUCACACAUACUGUAAAGAGCAUUUCAAAAAUUGAAGGAACAAUAAAUUAAGUUUCUAAACAUGACAGAAAAACAUUUUAAAAUCAACAAAGUGUACAGUACAUUUUCUAAGACUCUGGGGGACAACUCGAAGAAGGUUCCUCUUCCACUCUUUGCUUCUUGCUGAAGAACCACCUCCUCAACUGUUCCCCCAGCCACCCAGCACACAGAAAUUCAAAUCCAGAAUUUUUUUUAAAAAACAGCAGAGUGGCCCAAUGGUCACAGAAAAUCAUAAAAAUGCAGGAAAAAACCACACAAGCUUCCAGAUUCUUGCAAACCCCUCCUCAACUGUUCCCCCAGCCACCCACCACACAGAAAUUCAAAUCCAGUUUUUUUUAAAAAAAAACAGCAGAGUGGCCCAAUGGUCACAGAAAAUCAUAAAAAUUCAGAAAAAACCACACAAGCUUCCAGAUUCUUGCAAACCCCUCCCCAACACCAAGUCCUUGAAUUCCAAACACCCCAACCCAAAAUCCAAAACCCCCCAAAAAAGUUUUAAAAGUUUAACUUACCAAAUGGCUGCAAAAUAAGUUUUGGAAAAGCUUCAAAAAUCACCAAAGUCUUCAAAAACCUCAAAAAGGCUACCACACCGCGUGCUAUGAGUUGCUCCUCGAAGUCAAGUCGCAACUGCACCUCUUCAAGCAACGCACCCUGUAUUACUGUAACGGUUUUAAGACAAGGGAAACAAACUUGCAAGACGUUUUCGUCUUGCGAAGCAAGCCCAUAGGGAAAUUCGUCUUGCGAAGCAGCUCAAAAAACGCAAAACCCUUUCGUCUAGCGAGUUUUUCGUCUUGCGAGGCAUUCGUCUUGCGGGCACCACUGUAUCUAGAGUUUUGAAGCUGAAACCAUAGCAAAAAUAUGAGCUCGUCCUCCUUGGAGAAGGUGAGGAGUUUGGCUGUGUACAUGCUAUGCCUUUCAAGCACAUUCAAAGCACACCCCCCAAAGAAUUCUGGUCAUUGUAGCUUACCCCUCACAGAGUUAAAUUUGCAGCAACCCUUAACAAACUACAAUGCCUGGAAUUAUUUGAGCGGUGAAAUGUGCUUUAAAGUAUGAUGGGUGUGCAACCUUUGUUGGUAGCAACUCCUCUGUUCCAUGCUGUGUCCCUGCACAAAGCCCAGCCUGCCACCAUUUUGAAAGAAGCAAACCUUUCACUAAGGCCCUAUCUUUAGAGAAUGAAGCAGCUGCCCCAGGUGGGAGGGCAGGGACAGCAGAGAGCUGCUCUUCCUGGGCCCCCCUGACCAUUUCAUUCCAAUGGAGGGCUAAGCUGUUUGUCCUGUAUGGCUUGCCCUGUACUCUCUAAACUCUAGCCUGCUGCCCUCACAUUCAGUGAAGGAUACAGUCCUGUCACCAGGGUUCAACAGCUGUUCGGGUAGAGUUGUGUGGGCGGCUACUAUCUUGACCUUUUUACCUCAGGUAGCAAAAUGUCUUGGGCAAACCCUAAGCGACAGCUUCAAAAAAAAAGAAAAAGUGAGGGAUAAAUUGUAAGUUCUCUCUGCCACUCACCAACACUUGGCGACCUGUCAACUGUAUUUGUGGGCCUUGGCUACAGUGCUGUGGGUCAAUGGAAACCAUUGCCAUUCAAAACUGCAGUGGAAUUGUUAGGCAGGCCUAUUGCUUUGUUUGUCUUCAUUGGCUUAACAGUCAUAACAAUAGUAUCUGUGGCACGAAUAUUGUCUUGAAAGCCAUUCCACAUUCUUUUCGUUUGGCAGUGGGCCAUAUCAGUUCUGAAACCAGAGGUUUUUUUUCAUGUCUGUUCUUAAGGGGGAAAUCUCAGAAAUGUAGAGAAUGCAGGUGAGGCCCAUUAUACAAUAAAGAGGCUGUCCUCAAAAGCGUUCUCAAAGGUGCAGCGCAUAGUUAAACUAUGUAACUAGCUCCCACGGGAGGCAAUGAUGGUCACCAGCCUAGAUGGCUUUAAAAGAGGAUUGGACACAUUCACUGAGGGAGGUUAAGGCUAUCAACAAUGGCUAAGCACUUCCUCCACAAUAGGAUGUAGCAAUGCUUUUGAAUACCAGUUGCAGGAAGCCACAGGAGGGGAAAGUGCUCUUGCGUCCGGGUCCUGCUUCCCUUUGGGGCAUCUGGUUGUCCUCUGUGAGAACAGGAUGAUGGACUGUGUGGGCCACUGGCCUGAUCCAGCUGGCUCUUCUGAUGUUCUGACGUUUGUGUGUGCCUUUUUCUUCCUGGCAGGGCGACAACCAGCAACAAGGUACGGGAGCAGGUGCUACUGGAACUCAGCUUCGUCAACUCAGACCUGCAGAUCCUUAAGGAGGAGCUGGAAGGACUCAACAUCUCUGUUGAGGUUUACCAGAACACAGAGUGAGUGGGGGAGGAGCUAUUGUAGUAUUGUUCCCCAGACAAGUAUGCUACCUGUGAAUGAAAAACACACACACAAAAACAAAUAUUUGUCGGGGGGGGCGGGGAAUGCAGAGAACAAAGGUGCAAAGGAGAGAGGCGAAAAUAUUCAGUUUGGUCUGGCUGUUGACUGAGGAGAUUACAGCGGGUAUUUACCUUCCUCCUUGGGAAAGGUAUUAAAAGCAAUUAAUUCUGAUCCCUAAUCCUCAGAAAUGCCUUCGAAGAGCUGGCUUGAAUGGGGAGUGGCAGAGAAGGCCAGAACUAACUUCUCCUCUUGGUAUUAAACUGCACAAAGCCAGCAGGCAACGUGGGGCGCUGAUUUGCAGCGAAACAUUUAAAGCCAGGCUUCGCUGUUCUUUUCCUUUUCAUAGUUAUUUGUCCCUCUCAUUUAAUAAUUUCUUUCUCGCCGAAAUAAAUAAAUAAAUAAAUAAAUAUUCCUCUCAGGGGUAUACACUUUAACUUCUCUUAAACUUCAAGCCCAUUGUCAGCACUGUCACAAACAUAUAUCCCAGCCUGCUUUUUAAAGACAAUAUACUGUAGCUCUGUUCUGCACCCCCCAUGCUUUUGUUGCUGCUGUUGCUUUGCUUGAUUGAUCUUAACAGCCCACACUUUAGCAUAGAUUUAAGGGACAUUUUGCAAAAGGUUGUGUGUGCUGCCAGUCAAAAUUGAGAAGUUUAUUAUUUCUCCCAACAUGAGGUUGGCAUUUCAAAGGGUCACAAUGAGAGAUUGAAUUCCACCCUGCAUUCAUCCUAGAGCUGGCAGGAACACAGGUGCCCAUGGAAAUUUGUGCACAAACAUGGCAAACUUAAUAAAGAUGGAUCAGAGGGGAAUGCUUCAAAUCAACAAGCAAAGGGUUCGUUUUAAUGUCGUGGUUAAUGCCAGGGAUUUGGUUUUGAUUUCAUGUGGUUCCCCCCUCCCUUUCUUUUUUCUCUGAGAGUGGUAUGCCUCUGAAUAACAAUGACUGGUUUUGUAACCCGUUCUGCAUCAGGUUGUUUAUUUGUACAUCCGUGAUGAGGAGAAAGAAGGCUGGGAGGAAGGGAGCCUUAAACUACUUUGGCGGACUUGCAUUUUUUUUAUGUGAAAAUGUUGAGGGGUUGUAUUUAAAAGAAGGCCUACCCUCUUUCACAGAGCCCUUCCCUAUGCUAGAGUUGAACAACACAUUUGUAUUGUAUUGUAUUGUAUUGUAUUGUAUUGUAUUUGCAGCAUUUAUACUCCAUACUUUAACCAAAAAGGCUGUUUGAGUGGCUUACAAAAAACGGUGUUAAGAUGGUUCCUGUCCUCACAAUCUAGAAAGCCAUGGCACACAUAAGAGCAUGAGAGCCUGCUGGAUCAGGCCAAUGGCCCAUCUAGUUCAGCAUCCUGUUCCCACGGGGGCCAAACAGUUGCCUGUGGAAAACCAGCAAGCAGGACCUGAGCACAAGAGCCCUCUCCCCUUCUGUGGUUUCCAGCAACCAGCAUUCAGAAGCCUUGCUGCCUCCAACUGUGGAGGCAGAGCAAUAGCCAUCAUGGAUAGUAGCCACAAAGAGCCCUCUCCUCCAUGAGGAAAGGGAGGCAGAAGAAGCAAUCUCCAGCCAGUGGCUUUAUCUCUUGAUAAAGAGCAGCCCCCCCGCCCUCCCUGAAGCUCUCUUCCCAGAUCAGAUUCAGGAGUGGAGCUGGUAACAAUGUCCAGACUGGGAGAAUAUGGCAGCUCCUGCCUCACAGUCCUUCUCUCAGGCAGAGCUGGCUUGAUGGCAAUUGAAAUCAUCACAGAAUGAUGGAGUCGCCCUUCUCCCUUGUCAGUGUCAGUGCUGGCUCUAGCUGGCUCACCCUCCCUUGAAACGCUGCCCCCCCACCCCCCGCAAUCGGAUUCAGGAGCUGAGUUGGUGACAACAACAGAACUGGUGACACACAUACACCCAUGGGUGUCCAUAGAGGCCUUACUAGGUGCCUGCCAGUUUCAGCCCUUUCCUUGCUGAAACUAGGCUUUGAAAGAAGUGUUCUGUUCACCAUUAGAAUAGGCUGAGUGGCAUGUGUGCUUGGUGGCAUGGAGUGGGUGGUGCCCACAGCAGUUUCCCCAUUUUGUAAGUGUGGUCUCAGGCUUAUAAAAGGUGAGCAACCCCUGAACCAGGAGGUCAAUCUUAAGAGAGGUCUGCCUAUGAAUGUCUGCCUAUGUUUAACUCAUUGCAUGGCCUUGGGCAAGUCACUUCAACUUUCAUCUCCACUUCCUCUUCUUUGAAAUGGAAAGGAUCACUGCCCACUGAAGCAGUUUGUUGCGAGGGUGAAGGAAGAGUUUGCAAACCACUUUUUGGUUUGCUUGCUUUUAAAAUGAUGCAAUUGAGCCUAUUGGGGUGUAGGUGUCAAACAAGCUAGUCUACACUUAUGGGUACUAUAUAGAGGUUCACAGAACAACCACUUUCCUACAUCAAUUUGCGGUUUUUGAAAAGUUGGGGGAGGGGAAAUUUGAUCUUAAUCUUCUUCUUUUUUUUUUAACACAGGGAAGCUUUUAGCAUUCCUCUGAUACCACUUGGCUUGAAAGAGACCAAAGAGGUUGACUUCGCAGUUCCUUUGAAGGUAGCGUUUCUACUAAGCAACUUUUAAUAGCAAUAUUUUACACCGGCAGGAAAAAGUAUACACUGCAGAUGUUGGGGUGAUAAGACAAAUUCAAAUUCUCAUUAUGACUUAAUUUGCUCUCCAGGGAAAUGCUUCAAGAGAGAUUUACAAGUCAGAAAAGUUGGUUUAGGUUCACAAUAAAAACCUUGAUUCGACAGUGAAUCUCAGGGUUUCAUUGUUAAAAAAAAUCUUGUAAAUUUAUCACUUCCACCUAGAUUAUUUCUAGCUCUUAUGGUUAAGAGAUUUUUUUAAAAAAAAAAGUUGCAUGCUUUAAAUUCCAAGAGCAGAUUACAAUUAUGGGCCAGGCAUUACCUUGUCUUUUGAGAAAAACAAUAAUGUCUCAUUCAUGCUGUCAUAACAUUAAAAUUGCACACUGUGCUAGUCCCAUUGUGUCCAGAGAUUGUGGUGGAGGCACUAGCGAAGAGCCAUUUCUUUGGGAAUAUGGAGAGAUGUUUUGCCCAUUUUUGCCCAUAGGGGCCUUCCCUACCUUUAUCAAAUGUUACUGUGAGAUGCUGGAUUUACUCUCCUGCAGAGAUGUGCAAGUCCACAUGCAUGAGCAUUAAUACACCACAUAAUGCACAGCCUGCCAGUCCCCCGACUGGGGAGGCUCAUUUUAGGCAGCUGAUAACAGAUUGUAGGCACUUGUGCUAUUUGAAGAUAUAUUUAUGUGAAAGAACAAACCACUUCCUUGGUUUUUAAAACAGCUCAAGCCUGGCUGUUGCAGAGUAAAUGAAAGCAGCAUGAGGAAUGGGACUUGGGUCAAUGGUCAUAUUCAGACAAUCCUAUUUUGCAUCGUAAGGUCAGCGGUUCAAAUCCCCGUGGCGGGGUGAGCUCCCGUCGUUUGGUCUCAGCUCCUGCCCACCUAGCAGUUCGAAAGCACCCCUAAGUGCAAGUAGAUAAAUAGGUACCGCUUUAUAGGGGGAAGGUAAACGGCGUUUCCGUGUGCUGCGCUGGUGCUGGCUCGCCAGAGCAGCUUCGUCACGCUGGCCACGUGACCCGGAAGUGUCUUCGGAUGGCGCCGGCUCCCGGCCUCUUGAGCAAGAUGAGCGCGCAACCCUAGAGUCGGUCACGACUGGCCCGUACGGGCAGGGGUACCUUUACCUUUUACCUAUUUUGCUUCAUUAAGCUGAACUAUAGAAAACCCUUUUGGCUGCACAAUCAGUUCCAUUGCACAAUCCGGUAAACCCAGACAUCAUCCAUGAACUAUAGUUUGCCACUGGGUGAUAUCCAAUGUUAUUUGCACAAUACUAACUUGGGUCCAUUAAUUUCAAUGGGUUGCUAUCAAUGUAGCAUUAAGCAGAUUGUUCCAUUAGUGAGAGGACUUCUCCAUGCACAAUGGAGCAAUCUACCCCUCUCUUCCCCCUGUAUGUCCUCUGUAAAUCUGUUCUGGGGCUUCCCCCAACUAUCUGGAGCAGAUCUGGUGAUGAUGGAAGGCACACACAGGGGGAGGACUCAUUUUGCUAGUGCAAUUGGUUACAACCCAUUGUGUCCAAAAUUGUAGUUAACAGCUUUGGGAUGAGCCAGGGUGCUAAGCUAUGGUUUAAAGUAGCCUUAAUAUCCUGACUUGUUUCAAAGCCCUUAAUUUGUUGGUUUGGGUGACAUUUAAUGGAAGACUUCUUGGCAGAAGCCUGUUUGCCAGGAUCAUGCAAAGGUAGGAAUGAAGGGACUGCAGGUGCUGAAAUCUGAAUGCAGCCACUAUGAGGUUGGGGUUAGGGCAGUGAGUGUAACAUGUUGGAGGCCAUUGGUACCCCUGCAGUGUAAUAACCUAGAUAAGGGCCCCAGAGUUCUGAGUUGACCAAGGCUGGUUUGUUGGCCUGUAGUUUUUAGCGAGUGGUAGACAGGUUUUACUGGCUUUACUGCAAGAUUGUUGUGAGGUUUUAUGGUUCUCUUUCCUAGACUGAUCUCCUGAUCUGCUUUUAUGUGUGUGUAUUGCUUUGCUCCACUGAAUUGGUGGUAUAAAAAUUCCCUGUCUGCCCAAAGUAAUUCCCACAUGCCUUCUUAUGAGCCAAUCACACACAAGACUGAAGAGCUCUGGUUUUAAAUUUUCUUGAUACGAGUAAAACACCAAAUAAAUCUCCACAGAAAUCUGAAUGGAGAGCAGGCUUUGGCUCAGGCAGGCAGUUGUGACUUUUAAUAGACUUUGUUUCAAGUGCUGUUGCUGCUUCUGUGCAGUAAAUUAAUCACAUAAACAACCCCACUUUUGAAACAGGAAAGAGAGACAGAGAAGGACAGAGAAAGACUUAUCAAGAUUCUGUCUGGGGCACUAGGGAGCUGGGCAAAUAUUUACAGCAUGAAUGAAAUCAGGUUCUCCGCCCCUCUCCAUGGCCAUUCUCUCUCCCUCCAAAUGAACCCACCCUCCCACAAUGCUGUGCACAUCUAGGUUUAUUCUGCUAAUUUACCCCCUGCCCCCUUUCAUUUUAAAAUGCAUAGUCCAUUCUCAAUAGUAUUCUUGUGCCCUGAAUGGGAUUAUGAAACAGAUGUGUGUGCAGGAAACCCUGUCUUUGCCAGAGGGCAAAGAAAUGGCAGAAUUAGGCAACAGCAAACUUCCCAGCAAACAUUUCUAAGGUUUGAAGUUGAGUUUGCUCCCUUUUAACCUGGCUGGUUGUGAAUAGUCAGCCUUUUAAUCUCAGAGGAGCAAAGUGGACGUGAAGCAAUUUCUAGAAUACCCAAGAGUGUAAGAAGAGUCUUGCUAGAUCAGACCAUCCUUUUCCUCAUAGUGACCAGCCACAUGCAUCUGGAAAGCCAACAAGCAGGUCUUCAAGGUCAAAACACAGACCUGAUGUUGCUCCUCAGCAACUGCUGUUCAAGGGUAGACUGCUUUUAAAUGUGAAGGUUCUAUACUGGAGAGGGGAACCGGAUUUGUAUGUGCCCCCUCGUUCCAUUCAGUUUGAUCAUUCCUGUGUUCAUGCAAAGCUAACAGACAUCAUCAUGCCUUGUGGCAGUCAGUUCUGCUAAUUAAUUUUGUGGUGUUGAUUUUGCUGGAUGACUCAAAAUUCUAGUGUGACAGAAGAGAGAGAAAAAUUCUCGGUCCAUUUCCUCCACCCCAGGUGUGCAUACUGUCUAGUCGCAUACUUCACAUACUUCUAAUUGUUGUUGACAAAUACAAAAUUGGAAACUGGGUCAUCUUUUGCAUAGUGGUGGUCAUAGCCUUUAAGCAGCAAUUUCAAUUUUCAGUGUGUGACAUGAGCUUCUCUGGGUGUUUUGUCUCUUAGAAUGUGCUGUGGGGAUGAAGGUUGUCUUUACUAAGAGAUGCUAAACAAAUCUCAUUCAAUGGCCAAGCUUCAGUGUUAUAAACCAGCCCUCAAGGCUUGGAGCUUUUCUAAAAAUUAGGUGAGGAUUUAGGCUUGAUACAGAGUCAAGGACUCUACUUGCUUAAGGUUAGUUCCUUUUUGGCAAAUGCACAUGUCAGUUCAGGGCUACAUGAUCAGGUGAGCUCUUCAUUACUUAUUGAUAGCAUUGUCAAAGUUUUUUAAAAUACUUGCACAGUCAUGGUGAAGAAAUUCAGGAUUUGAACUGUACCAUGUCUCCUUUAUCAUUUCCAGGACUUUAUUCUGGAACACUACAGUGAAGAAGGUUCUGAAUACGAAAAUGAAAUUGCUGAUCUUAUGGACUUAAGACAAGUAAGUUAAGCCUAUUUAGAAAAUGGACUUGGAUUUCAGGUGUGGUUGGUUUUUUGGUUUUUUAACUGUAGAUAAGAACUUUUAAAAAAAUGAUUUAGAUGCAAUACUGGCCCUAGGCAUCUUCCCAAAGAAACAUUGGCCACAUAGGAACUUGAACUAGACCCUCCCAAAAAACCCCCUGUACCUGUAUAAACUAUGGAGAUAGUAGCUGUAAUUCCUGCAUUGCAGGGGUUGGAGUAGAUGAUCCUUGGGGUCCCUUCCACCUCUAUGAUUCUCUAGAUGCAGGGAGAAAUGAGCUCACUCCAAAAAAGUAAUUGCCAUAUUUUAGGUGUUUGCUUGCUAUCCAUUAGUUUAUUCCUAGUGAAUAAUUGGAAUUUGGAUACCCCCACUGCCUGGAUCUUGUGUUCAUUUGUACACUGUCUAACAGUGUAGCCAUGCUUUGUUUUCAUUUGCCUUCACUUUUGUAAGUGUACUCCCAAUCAUUUAAGCAGCCACUUUGGGCAUGACAAAGUGAGCUGCGGCCUAUGAAAAUGUGUUCAGAACUCUGUACUAAUGUGAUGGUGUAAAAUCCAUUUACAUGGCACAUGUUGAUGACAUACCAUGGUGAAUGUAUGUUUGUAUUCUAAGGCCUGCCGUACCCCCAGCAGAGAUGAAUCGGGAGUUGAGAUGUUGAUGAGCUAUUUUGUUCAGCUCGGCUUCGUAGAGAAUAGAUUUUUUUCGCCAAGCAGACACCUGGGGAUUUUAUUUACCUGGUAAGUUCCAUUUAGAAUGUUGUUAGUGUUGGUUCUAAUGCAUUGGGAGCACAGCUUUGCAUAGUGGGUUUGAAAUUUGAUCUGGCGGAUUGCAGCCCUGUGUUUCUGGAGGCAAAAUGCAAAGCCUCCCAUUUGACCAAAAAAGCUCUUUAGCGAUCCAGUCAAGCGUUGCAAGGAAGGGGUGUGCUGCUUUUAAGACAGCAAGAAGAAAUGUGCUUUCUAGUUGACAAAGCUCAGCAAUUAAUGUGUGUUACGUGUCCUGGAUUAUGAGCAUUGUUGACUCUUCGUCAAAGUAAAAAAGAGCCCAUCAAUGAGCUGGUGCAAAUGUAAUGCUUGUCAGAUGCUUAACUGUAGUUAAGAGGUUUGGGAGUGGGUCUUAAAAUUGUCUAUUCUUUGUCCUAAUCCCCUCACCACCACCACACCACCCUUCUUAAUUACAUACAUAUUAGGUUUUGUUUCUGUUCUUGCUGAAGGUAUGACUCUUUCACUGGUGUUCCUGUCUGCCAGAAGAACCUGUUGCUGGAAAAAGCUAGUAUUCUGUUCAACAUCGGAGCCCUCUACACCCAGAUUGGCACAAGGUGCCAUCAGCAGACACAGGCUGGGCUUCAAAAGGCCAUUGAAGCCUUUCAGAAAGCAGCAGGUAGGGGAAAGUUGUAUGUUUGUUCUCUAAACACCUUUGGAUAGUUGCUUGAUCCAGUUGCUUCUCUUUUGCAUGCAUAGAACCUUACACGUUUCACAUGAGCUUGUGUGUACACACCGUACCUUUCAGGCACAUCCAAAGCGUGUUCUUUCCCAUAGAGAUUUCUGAGCACUGUAGUUCAUCCUCCCAGAGCUACAAUUCUCAGCAGUUCUUAACCAAUGACAGUGCCCAGAAUUCUUUGAGGGAAAGAAUGUGCUUCAAAUGUACCUUAAAAGAUAUAGUGUGUACACAGCCUUCAUUUAAUUUCAACGUAUUUGCCCUCAAAAGAAACCCAGAGAUUAAACGGGUUUUUAGCAUGAGAGGGACACACGCUUAAAAUAAUAAGUAUUAAGAGAUUCACUUUUCAAGUUUAGUCCCAUUAAAUAUGAAACUGCCCAAAUAACUCAUUUAGUUGAGACUAAGGGUUGUAUCGAUUUAAGCUACAUACACAGCAUAUAUUGAUAACCCCAGCCCCCCCCAAACCCUAGGAAUCGUAGCUCUGUGAGGGGUAAACUACAAUUCCCAGUAUUUUGUGUGUGUGUGUGCACGCGCUUUAAACGCGUGGUGUGUAUGCAGUCUAAGUUUUAUUCAGGAGUAUACCCACUGAAAUGAAGUGACAGUGUUAGUUAUACUCAGCCAUUUUCAUGGGUUUCCUUUCUAACUUUGGAUGCAACCCAAAGUGAAUAUUAUGGUUAACAAUUAAUGAGAUGUAGUUUCAAGGCCUUAGACUGUGGUCCAUUAUUAACAGCUUUUUAAGUCUCAUAAGUCUUUCUCCUCUCCUUCCCUAAGGUAGGAAUUGCACUGGCUGGUAUAUAAUUUAUUGCAGUUUAUACUCCAAAGGAAGGGCUGUCUGUAGCUUGGUGGCAGAGCCCUUGUUUUGCAUGCAGAAGGUCCUAGGUUCAGUCCCUGGCAGCAUCUUCAGGUAGAGCUAGGAAAGUCUGGCUAAAACCAUAGGGAGCUGCUGCCAGUCACUGUAGUACUAAGCUGGAGAGACCGAGGGUCUGAUUUGGUAUAAGGCGGCUUCCUGUGUCUCCAAUGAUCCACACUUUAAAUUAUCCCCACCCUAAGUGCAAUGGCUUCCUGUAUUGUGCACAUCAAUCUCAGAUGGGUGAGUCAUUUCAGGGAACCCAGCACAUAUCUUGGUUUGUAUUUCCUUGCAGUGGUGGUCACAGGAGACUGAGGGCAUUUUCUGUGCCCUAAGGUUUACUUUUGCUGGUUUUAAUUUGGUUUAGUUAAAGGGAAAAAUAGAAUAUGUAGAAAUACACGGAGUAUUCCCUGGAUGCCCAGAUCCAGGUUUGGGACAAGUACUCUUUGGUGAGAGAGUCCCAGAAGAGAUUUUAAAAUCACAAAACAUGCAGCAAAAGAAGAGUGGAAAUAUAGGCUGUUAGACCUUUAAAAUAUUCCCUUCUAAGUUGCUUCCAAAGUUACCCACUUCUCUUAGCAUAGAAAGAGACCAUACAUUUGGUAAGUUAAAAAUGGUUUACUUACAAAUUAUUCAAAGGUCAGAUUCAUGUGCUUUUACAUACAGCAGCAAGAAAAAACAGGCAGUUUAACUUACAAAAUGAUAAGACUUUCUAUAUUACUUGUAUAGUAUAGAAAUACAAAGAUGGCUUGCUAAAGCCAUGCGGUCUAAGCUUCAAGCAUCCAGCUUAGACAUCUGUACUGUUUGGGUUCACAUGGUGGAAGAAAAAGGACCCAAAGGGGUUGGUAGCCCUUCCUCCCAAGGCGAGGGGCUGUGACCUAGCUAAGCCUGGCAGGACAAUUUUCCACAAUUGUACCAUCUGUGCACAAGAGGGAAAUAUCAAAAGACUUGGGAGAAAGCCAAGAUUUUCAGAAGUCCCAAAAAGUUGUGGGGGUUUUUUUGGGAGGGGUGACCGACACCUCUAAGUAUAGCCCAACAAGGACUAAGUGCUAUCUGUGAUCAUGGAAUCCUGGCUGGUUGGCAGGGGGAGGAAUGGAAUGAAUUGGAAUGGCUUAAUCUCUGAACAGCAGCUGCAAGCUACACACUGCAACAUUUUGUUGCAGGUCCCACUCGUGUUUGUCUAAUUUGGAUAAUUUGUACUCGGCAGAGAAUCUGUUUUUCUCCGAUGGAGCAGGAUUCUGCCUCCCCCACCCUUGAACACAAUCAAAACUACACACAGGCCCAGCUGAGAUUAUUCUGAGAUGGGCACCCAGCCUAAAUCUGUCUGCUUCAAAGAUGUGUUUCAGUUUGCCUUUCCAGCAAAAUGCUUUUCAUUGUACCUGUGGGGCGUGACCACACAGCAUUGUGCACAAUGCGUUAUCAUUCAUAACUGUACACAUAGUUCUUUGUGGACAGAGGGAAGAUUGUUGCUAUGGCUUUGGUCUAUAAACACAACCCUGUGAAUACAUAUAUGUACUUAAGAGACAAAAAAAAAAAAAGGUCACGGCUGAAGUACUUAUGAUGUAAGGAUGAACUAAACCAAGACAAGCUGCUGUGGACUUUUUUCUGUGGAUCUGUUAAGAAAUUGGGGGUCUGGCAAUUUUUUUUAUCUAAAGCUGACAUCUUUUUCUGUGAGAAGUUGAGAAGAACCUUUGCUCCCAGAAUUUUACAGCUGCUUUUAAGGCAAAGCGUAUUAGAAAUGGAGCAUUUAAUAAAAGAUUGCCCCACCCAAGACUGCUUUUCAUAUGACAAUGGAAGCAGGAAAUUUAAAACUAGCAAAAGCUCCGCCAUAAUGUCAGUAACCCCCUUGCAUGGGGGAUGGGGGAAUUCACAGAACCAAAUAAUGCAAUGCUCCAUUCUCUGUCAUAUUGGGCAAUUAAAAACUUGCUUCUGAAACUUGACAAACUGGUUGGGUAAGGUGCAUUUUUGAGAUUAGAUUUCAACACCAGCAUGCAAGUAUUACUUUAGUGCUUAUACUACAGUAAAUGUUUGUUUUAAUUUUCCAAAAGGAUAGUUUGUCAUCUAACUUCAUUUUGGCUUGCUUGCUGCUAUGGCAGAGCUCUGGCUUGGCUCCAGACUCUGCUCGAGGGAGUGCCCUGGCUCAGUUACUAAGGGAUUUCUCUUCCUCCUGAGACCCUCAAAUGUCUCUGCUCUUUUUCGUCCCUCUCCUAACUGCCAUGCCAUUUCAGUGUUGCUGUCAAUUGCCAAGUGUGGUGUAGUGGUUAAGAGCAGUGGACUCGUAAUCUGGGGAACCGGGUUCGCUUCCCCGCUCCUCCACAUGCAGCUGCUGGGUGACCUUGGGCCAGUCACACUUCUCUGAAGUCUCUCAGCCCCACUCACCUCACAGAGUGUUUGUUCUGGGGGAGGAAGGGAAAGGAGAAUGUUAGCCGCUUUGAGACUCCUUAGGGUAGUGAUCAAGCGGGAUAUCAAAUCCAAACUCUUCUUAUCCCACAUUUCCUCCAAGGAACUCAGGUACCACUUGCGAGGUUCCUUUUCACUGCCACUCUUUUAUCCUCACAACAACCCUGUGAGGUAGGCCAGAGUGAGAGUGGGAGAUUGGCCCAAAAUCACACAGCAAGCUGCGUGGCAGAAUAAGAUUGGAACCUGGGUCUCCUUGGUAGUAGUCCGGCACUCUUGGGCCUUUGUGCAUACCGUACCUUUAAAGCACAUUCAAAGCAUCCUUUCCCGUUAAAUAAUUCGGGGCACUCACAGUUACAGAAACCUGUACCAAACUACAGUGCCCAUAAUUAUUUGAGGGAAAGAAGGUGUUUUAAACACAUAGUGUGCACACGGUCUAACUCUGUGGUGGGGAACCUCCAGGCCAUGAGCCUAAUUAGGUCCACCAGGCCUCCGCAUUUGGCCUUUGAGGCAGUUUAGGCCAAGACUCACCCACCUGCCCAACUGAUGUCAUAUAUGAUGCCAGGGGUGGAGCAAGUAAAGAGUGAGUUGGGCCAAAAAGAGGUGUGCAUAGAACUAUGUGUGGUGCUCUAAGAACAUAAGAAUCGCCUGCUGGAUCAAGCCAAUGGCCCUUCUAAUCCAAUAUCCUGUUCUCACAUUGGCCCCAAUGGGAAGCCUGCAAGCAGGACCUGAGCACAAGCGCCGCUUCCCCUCCUGUGGCUUCCGGCAACUGGGAUUCCAAAGCAUUGCUGCCUCCGUCUCUAGAGUUGGAGCAUAGCCAUCAUGGCUAGUAGCCAUUGAAUUUGGCUAAUCGUCUUUAAACCGCCCUGAGACCCCCCAGGUAUAGGGUGGUAUAUAAAUUCAAUUAAUAAUAAACAAACAAACAAACAAACAAACAAAUAAUGAAAGGAUAAAAUAAAUAAAAUAAAAGGAGCAUCUCCACCCCCAUCGUUCAGCCCGGACACUGAGAUCCAGCGUCGAGGGCCUUCUGGCUGUUCCCUCAUUGCGAGAAGUGAGGUUACAGAGAACCAGACAGAGGGCCUUCUCGGUAGUGGCACCCACCCUGUGGAACACCCUCCCUUCAGAUGUGAAGGAAAUAAGCAGCUAUCUUAUCUUCAAAAGACAUCUGAAGGCAGCCCUGUUCAGGGGAGUUUUUAAUAUUUAAUGCUGUACUGUUUUUAACACUUGAUUGGGAGCCGCCCAGAGUGGCUGGGGAAACUCAGCCAGAUGGGCGGGGUAUAAAUUACUAUUAUUAUUAUUAUGAUUAUUAUUAUUAUUAUUAUAAGUGAUCUAAGUUGGUGGCCAUUAUGUAUUCAUUGGUGGUCUGUGUUUGCCUGAGCUUGAGUCUGGACUAAGGAUUCUGAGCUCCUGUGUUCUGAUUUGAUACAUGAUAUCCAACCACAGAACAUUUCAGGAUUUGGACCUCUGCCAUUGGCCCUUAAACUCUUAGUCAUGAUUCACAGAUUGGAAGUUUAGACAGCCAAUCAACAUUGGGAGGGAGUGGCCCAGGGCUUCAGAAAUGUAUACAAGCAGUUGCUUUGCCCCUGUUGUCUGUUAGUUCAAUCAAGGUUCUUGCUGUUAUCACUGUGUCUUGCCUUGUGGAAACCCACCCACACUUCAGUGGUCACCACCAGCUCCUGUGGGAGCAAGUUCCUUAGUUGAACUGUGCGCUGCGUGAAAAAGUCCUUUCUUUUAUCUGUCCUGUCAGCUUCAUGGGAUGUCCACAAGUUCUAGUGUCAUGAGAGAGGGAGAAAACUUUUUCUCUAUCCACUUUCUUCACUCCGUGCAUAAUUUUAUAAACUCCUAUCAUGUCGCCUCUUAAUUCACCUUUUCUCUAAACUAAAAAGCCCAAAUGCUGUAACCUUUCCUCACGCCACCUUUUUGAUCAUUUUGUUGCCCUUUCCUGAACCUUUGAGUAAUCAGUAGAUUGCCAGGGCUUCCAAGAGCCACUCAGGGCUCCAAGUCAGUGCCAGUGAGCCACAGGACAUCCACGUGCUGCUCUGGGCCUUGUGCCCAUGCAGUUUAAUUUCAAAACUGCAAGGCCAAAGGCAGCCCCACCCACUUGUCAGAUUCCUGUGUUGGAGAUAAAAGUCUGGCCUGCUUCAGAUAAUGCAUACUGAAUGCAGGUAUGGGAAACUUUUGGCCCUCCAGUUGUUGCUGAACUACAACUCCCAUCACCCCUGGCCAUUGGCCAUGCUUGUUGGGGCCUCUGGGAGUUGUAGUUCAGCAACAGCUGGAGGGCCAAAGGUUCCUCACACCUGAAUACUUUAGUGUGUCCGCCACACACACAGCCGAAGUAGCUAUUGUUACAGCUUUAAUUUACACUUGGUAUUUUGUUAGCCAGUAAUCAAGAUAUCUUAUAAACAUCAUAUCACUACUAACAUUUUUUUGUUCCCUCCCCUCCCCAUUUCAGGAGUUUUAAAUUACCUAAAAGAGACUUUUACUCACACUCCAAGUUACGACAUGAGCCCUGCCAUGCUGAGUGUGCUGGUCAAGAUGAUGUUGGCUCAGGCUCAGGAAUGUGACUUUGAGCAGAUUUGCCUUCCCGGAAUACAAAAUGAAUUUUUCACACUUGUGAAAAUGGCCCAGGAAGUGGCAAAGGUAGGUGACAAGGUGAAGGUCCUAUUCACAUAGGCAUGCUUUUAUUAUUUGACUAUGGCAUGUCUGAACUAGCCAUCGUAGAAUCAUAACUGUAGAACUUUCAUAUAAUCUUAUGUCAAUAUGAAUGGAAUACUUUUUUUUAAAAUGGAAACAUAGGAACACACAGUAUACAGUCAUAACAUUGGUCCAUCUAACUCAGUAUUGUCCACACUGGCUGGCAGCAGCUCUCCAAGGUUGCAGAUAGGGCUGGGAAUGUCCCCUAUCUGAAUCUCCCUUGAACCAAACUGGAGCCUCCUGCAUGCAAAGCAGACAGCCACUCUCCUGGAAAGUUGCUCUCAGAGCAAAUUACAUACAGUCAGUUAAAAACAAGGCAGUUCUUCCCCACAGGUUUGCAAUGUAAAAAAGAUGUGAAGCAGAAGGAAGAGGAAAUGGGGAGGGAAGAGGAAAAGGCAAGCUCAGGCACAAUUUUUAAAAGUUUUAAAGUAUUUCUUAUAAUGAAAUGGAAUUGGAAUGGGGACAGUUCAAGGACAGGAGGAGUCUGAUGGGGUCCAUCAGGUGGAAUGGGUCCUGCCUCCCAUCUCUCCCACUGCUGGAAUUGACUUGCAAACAAUUGUUCUACCGCCAGCCAAACUUUUAAAAGAGCGGGGGGGGGGGGGGAGUUGGGCAUGCACAUUCCAGCUGGGAAUCUCACCCUGCCUACCUUGGGAUUCUCAGAAAAAGAAGGCUCCUCCUCAGAAUUCGAAACAGGCAGAGGAAGGUUGCCAGGGAGUGCAUGAAUUGCGCCUGAGAGAAAUUGGCUUUGAUGACCAAACUGCAUAACCUGGUGAGCAAAUAAAGUACCUCAGUUUGCAGCGGCCAACGAAGGUCAUGGAGCACAUGACUUAAAGCUGCCUCUGCAGACUUUGGCUUGCAAAUGCUAAGUUCCAGUGGCAUGGUUGCAAGCAAGACCUAAAUCCAGAUUUUAAUCUAGCUCUUCAGAAACAAGUGCAUGUUGAUUAAAUUAGCCAUCUGCCAACAGUUCUUCUCAUUAAGGCAACUGAAAGAUUGCCUACCAAUUAUGCAACCCCCAUUAUAGCAGGUAGAUUACUUGAAGCACAUUCAAAGCACUUUCUUUCCCACAAAGAAUUCUGGGCACUGUAGUUUGUGAAGGGUUGCUGGGAGAAUUGUAAUUCUGUGAGAGGGAAACUAGAGUGCCCAGAAUUGUUUGAAGGGAUGGAAAGUGCUUAUGUGCUUUAAAUGUAUAGUUUCUACACAGUAUAUUCCACAGUAUAAAGGACUCAGACAGUGCCCUUUCAUAGUCAAGAUAAUUCAGAUUACACUAAGAAUGUGAAAUUUUACAUUCAUUAGAAAACAAAUAAGUUUCUACUGUUCCCUCUUUUUUUAAAAACUCCCUGGCUGGUAAUGAGAGAAUGUGGACAGUGUGGGUUCAAGGUUCAGUAACAGAGCACAUGCUUUGCAUGGAGAAGAUACCUGGUUCUGUCCUCUAGUUCAGUGCCUUAUUCUCUCAUGGGGAACCUUCGGGGGGGGGGGCACAUGUCAGUGGUGGUUGGGGCCAGAGGCCAAAGUGGGUGGAACAAGGGGUGUGACUUUUCCCUUUGUAUGGUUGUCUACAUUACAGGCUUUGCAAAAGUCAAAGGUUUCUACACACAGAGAGACACACACACGUCCAUCCUUCAUCAAAGGCAAACAAAAGGCAUUGUUGUAGUUGCAGGAUGCAUUCCAGCCAAGAAAAAGCACUUGAGGAAGGUGCAGAGCAGGGCUGGUGAAGGGGGCGUGAUCAAAGGAGAACCCCCGAGGCUGGAUAAAGUGCCCCAGAGGGCCACAUUUCAACUCCACUCAGGCCUGGGGUUCUCCCCUCCCCAUCUACACAAGUUGAAAGAUCAGGCAAGGGGCAAGACCUGUGCCAGAGACCCUGAAGAGGUGUCAUGGCAGAUGGACCUGGCAUGAAGCAGUUUCCUGUGCAAAACCUGGUGUUUUAAGGAGGCAGGACAAGAGGCAAAGUUUUGACUCAGAGCAAGAAUAGUGGAUUGUGUAGUACCACAGUGGCUGUUACUCCCAAACCCUCCUGGAUCUUAAGGCAUUGCUGGGUGGGACCUCCCUGGUCCCAACAGGCAACAUCCAGAGAUGCUCCUGCAGUAGCUGAAGGGAUUUCUGCUUAGGCCAGGGGGUGGGGUGCACUAACCAAUUCCCAUGGAUUUCCUUUCUGCUGCUGUACAUGCACACAACAUCACACAUUGCUCUUGAGGGUCCCCCAAAACCUCAUCAGGAAGGAAAAGGCAAGAAAGCUUGAGUGGAACUCUGCUUGCGCUUCUCAGGGUCCACGGCAGAUUUCAUCCAGUGAGGAGGCCUUAGACUGUUGCUUUUCCUGUUUCAUUUAAAGUCACUCUUCUUGCUUCAGCCAUUCAGCUUCCACACUCACAUGGGUGAGUGCAUGUGGAGAAAACACCAAUGGUUCACAGUUUUUGUUUUGAAUCCUUCCUAAUUUCUACCUUUCCAGCCUACAAAUCCUCCUAGGUGUGCACACCCUAUUGACUAUCCGCAAAUGGUUGGCAUUACCCACAGAUGACUGAGCUUUUAAUGACAAGGAAAAUGUCUGAGUUGGACUUUGUGCUUUUGUUUUCAGGUUGGAGAAACAUACAUGCUUGUUAACACAGCAAUGAGUCAAGCACCAGUCAAGGAGAACAUCCCUUAUUCCUGGUCAAAACUGGCUCAAGUCAAAUCGGACCAUUUCAGAGCGUUGGCACAUUAUUUUGUUGCAACAAUUUUGAGUGAUCACCAACGUAAGUCAGGUUUUGUAUUCAUUCGCUUCUUUACCUACCCAGAGUGCUUUGUUUCAGCAAAUGGCACAAGCCAAGAAACAUGGGAGGAGCUGGUGUUAGACUUGUGUGUGUUAAACUAUGGAGCUUGCUCCCAUAGGAAGCAGUGAUGGCCACCAACUUGGAUGGCUUUAAAAGAGGAUUAGACAAAUUAAUGGAGGAGGAGAAGGCUAUUGAUGGCUGCUAGCCAUGAUGACUGUUUUCGGCCUCCACAGUUGGAGGUAGCAAUGCUUCUGAAUACCAGUUGUUGAAAACCACAGGAGAUGAGAGUGUUGCUCUUGUGCUCGAAUCCUGCUUGCUGGUUUCCCACAGACAACUGUUCAGCCACUGUGGGAACAGGAUGUUGCACGAGAUGGGCCAUUGUCUUGAUCUAGCAGGCUCUUAUGUGGUAGCCCAGCAGACGUCUUGGACACUCUUAAGCCAGCAUUCCCACGCCUGAUGCCCUCCAGAUCUUUUGGACUACAGUUGACAUCACCCCUGGCCAUGCUGGCUGGGGCUGAUGGGAGUUGUAGUCAAAAACACCAGGAGGUCAUCAGGGUGGGGAAGACUAGUCUUUUUAUGACACACUGCACAAAAUAUGGUUUCUCUGAUCAAGGAGGAAGCUCUACUUUGUCUCCCACCAAAGGCAGAGACACGGUUGUUGGGAAGGGGAGAGAGACAGAGAGGGCGGGGACUUCUCAGUGACUGUGCCAAUAUUGUGGUACACCUUAUCCCGCAAGGCUUAUUUGAUGAUCUUCUGCUGGCUAGUGAAAGUCCUUUUUGUUCCAUUAGGCUUUUGCCUUGCCAGGGAAUCAGUAGCUUUGAAGCAUAGCAUGCUGGGCCUCUCUCUCUCGCAUUUUGUAGUAAGAAUCUGUUUGCUAUUAUGAUUGCGUUUUUAACUGCUGGUAGCUAACCUGAAUGAUGCUUAUGCAUUUGGAUGAGAAAUAAAUUCAUGUAUUUAUAUAUGAAUAAAUGAAUAAAAUAAAAUAAGUUACAGGUGCUUAUACUUGGUUACAGCAGGCAUUUGAAUGCAAUAAUGUCCCCUUUUUUCACGGAUGAAAUGUAGGAUAUUUUGAUCAGCAAAAUAAAAGCCUCUUUUUAAUUCUUCCAAACUGCAUGCAUGUAUGUGUGUGUGGUAGGGAUGGAGUCAGGUUGUUGUCUGAGGAUCAUAUCACCCUUGUCCAGAAAAAACAACAACCCCCCCCAAAAAAAAACAUGGACACAGCCUUUUAAUAACUUUGGCAUUCCCCAUCUGGAAAAUUGGUUUCCUUGUCUGUUUAAGAACUUAAGAGCAUAACACUAGCCUGUUGGAUCAGGCCAAUGGUCCAUCAAGUGUAGCAUCUUAUUCUCAUGGUGGCCAACCAGAUGCUUGCUUGAUGUAGUUUUGGACAGCCUGAUGAAAGAAAUGGGAGGAAUUACUUAGCCAGCACAUGCAGACUUGAGAAGGACACAACUAUUAUUAUAUCAUGUAUGCAAAUUACAUCACUAACAAACCUGCCAAUUGCUAAGGUUGGCUGGUGAUGAUUCAGUGGUACCACCUACCAAUUUAUUUAGGGUGGGUAAAAAGAUACCCUAAUGGUCCAGCUUAAGAAGAGUGUAUUAUUUGUGUAUCUUAAUAUGCACCUUAUGCUAGAGAAAUUAUCCUUUUGUGCUCUGCCAUUUCUUCUCCUCUAAUUUCAAAAAUGGUGCUCUGUAAACUUUGUGUGUUUGAUACUUGCCAUACCCCACCUGGUAUGUGGUCCCCAGACCUUUGGACAAGGGGAAAUGUGGCCCUCUGGCUGGGGACAUUCUCCAUACUUGAUCUAAAAAUCUGCUACAUAUGGCAGUAAAUCUUAAACUAAACAAUAAAAUUGCACUUUGGUAGAGCUCAAGUUCCCUUGCCCUCUAUUUCCUUGUUAUUCUGCAAUUAGCUAAUGUUUGCAAACAGGUUUGAAGACGGAAGGUGUGCUUUUUUUUAACAUUCUGAGUAAAGUAGCCUUGGUGAGCAUGCCAUGACAUUCAGGCAUCUGUCAGCAAAACGAGCCUAUGAAGAAUCCAAAAUAAUGUAAAGAGUAGUCCACUUAAACAGGUUUUAGAGAUUGUUGUUCAUGUUUUCAGGCCACACCUUCACUUAGCAGACCUUGAGGCAUCUCAACCAGACGGAAAUGAAAGUAAACCUGUAUUUAUCCUCUCUUUCAUGUGCAUUUGUUUACACCAUUCUAGUGCGCCAGAAUGAUGAUGAAGACCAACAGGAAAAGGCUUUUUCCCAGCUGUAUGACCACAUGCCGGAAGGACUGACCCCUUUGGCUGUUUUGCGGGACCGAGUUCAGCGGAAACAACUUGGUGAGGGCAAGCUUCCUUAUCUUGGCUCAGUCCAGACAUUGCCUCAAACCAGGGCUUUCACUAACCCUGGUUUAGAACCAAAAAUCAUGGAUUGAACAGCCAGACAUGCAGGCAGAUUCUGAUCUUUGCUUCAGCCACCUUCCCAUUCCUCCCCAAACUGGUGCAAUUUGAUACAGCCACCCCACCCGUUCUCAGUAAGACUUGUCCACAUGGCUCUGCUGCCUUCGGUGGGGAGGUUGAUGACUGAAGGUGUGGAGGGACAGAGGAGGAACCUGAUUAUGCCACUCACAGCUAGCCAGAUCCUCAUGUCCACUUGUGAGUCACAAAAGGGAUCAUUACCUGUGUCCCCCAUUUCCCCAAGCACUGAGAUGCCCCGGGGCAGCGUUACCCACCUAGGAGCACAAAGAAUAAUUUUACUAGAAAUUAAUUGAUUUCUAACCUUUUGAAGGCAAGGUGGGAUGUAGAUGCAAAAAUUAAAUAAACAAAAACUUGGACAGCAUUCAUAACCAUAUAUCUGAAGGCCGAAGAAAGAGCAGUAGAUGUUGGAUGUUUUCAGGUGAGAUAGUGAUAGGAUGCCAUGUGUCCUGCCUUACCCUUGCCUGAAGAUAGCAGGUAACCUAUUUCCGUAGGAAGUAAUGAUUUAAAAAGGGCUCCUCUGUUGAACAUGCUCCUGUGACAGGAGCAUCUGUGAUGGCUAAGCUCUCAAGCACCAUAUGCACAUGGCUCCCAUAUCACCUCAAACACGAGGGAUUGUUUUGCUCUUCCAUACAGCUGGGAAGAGUGAAUCCAGGCAUGUGUGUGUGUACGUGCUUUGCUGUGACCAGCAAGUCAGGCCUUUAAAUUUCAGAAGAUCCCAUGUUCCUGCCCUCACUGAAACAAUCCUUACGAUUGCAUGCCGGUCUUUGAAAUGUCUUCUGCAAAGCUUGUUCAGUUUUGCUAAGGAUUGUGGGAGUUGGGUGUUUGACCACAGCAGCUAGGCUUCUGGUUGUGAUGGGGCCAAUCUACAUUGACAUUUAUGGAACAUGAAGUGGCGGGGAGCGGGGAGUAUAUUUUAGGAGCUAACCCUUGUGUUAUGGUCCUGUAUAUUUGCUUUCCCCAGCAAAAGCUCACCUGCGGAGAGCCAUUGUUCAUCAUGAAGAAGCCUUGAGGGUUUGUGGCUUGUGCAAAAAGCUCCGGAAUAUUGAGGUGCUCCAGGAAAUCCUGUCAGUUGCCCACAAGCGGUCCCUUCUCAAAUAUUCACAGCAGGAGCAGGAAGAUGACUUUUCGAGUUUGCUGCAGGCUCCAGAUAUCCUCUGUAAGUCCUUUAUAGUCCGGGGUGCCCCGGAAUCGAAUCCCUUCCAUGUACUGUUUCUAUUUUAUCUGAAAGCCGCCUUGAAUCCCUGUCAGGGAAAAAGGCAGGAUUUAAAUAAGCAUCAGCAGCAUCAGCAAGCGGGAGCUUUAGCUCUUGAACUGCUGGCUGAGAAGGGCCUCGCCCAAAUCUUGUGUCGGCCCAGGACCCACUAGGCAGGGGGAGAGGGAAGUUCUUGGCAUGCUAAUUUUGUUAGUUUACUUCUUAUACCGCUCUUCAAAUAAAUGGCACCAGGGUGGUUUAGAAAAACUAUAUCACAAUCUCACUUCAAAAAAACUGAUCAAAAGAAAGCCAAGCUUGUUCUGAAAACCAGGAGCAAAAAAAAUACUAAAAGAAAAGGAUAAUUCCCAACAAUAUGACAGCAAAACCAGUUGUUUUCAGCUUCAUUAUAAAUGGCUUUGUUAUUGGGUGACCUCUAAUGCUGUAAAUAAUAAAUAAAUGCCUCAACGUCGUGAGGAAGGGGGCGAAACAAGCCUUCUGUGGAAGGGAGCUCCAAAGCACCCAGAUAGCCUUGCUUCUGGUAGAAGCUGCUCUGUCUUCCUGACAAGAUGGAGGCUUAAUUGGGGCCUUAGCAACCUCAGAGGGUUGUUGUGAAGAUAAAAUGGGGGCUGGGUGGGAAAGUGAUGUGUGCUGCUCUGCACUCCUUGCCAAAAGUGUGUAUGUGGGGGAAAUAAUAAUACUAAGUUUUGUUUUGUUUUUUUAUAGCUAAGACAGACCAUAAAAUAGAAGCGGUUGCCCCUCUGUUCUCCAAGGUCAAAGUCAAAGACUUCUUUGAGAGGCUGGUAUGUAUGAAGCAACCUUGCCAGUUCCUGUUUGCUCAGGUGCCCCUCUGUAAUUUUGCUUCUAAUGAAUGCAAAUUCAUUUUCUUGUUAAAGGGAAAUUCACUAUGUCUGCAGUUAAUAGAGCUCAUUAAGGGAAGCUUUUCAAAUUGCAUACAUUAAACCCUUGCAACUAGCAGUGGAGACUGUACUUCUGUGAUCUGAAUACAGAAUUAGCUUUCUGUUCAGAUCCUCGUCCCAAGUCAGGGUUCUGCCAGUUUAGCCAGACCUAGUCGGGAUCUGUUGACUUGUCAGGUGCGUUGAGGUACAUGUCUGUUUAGUCUGGACUAUAGAUUUGUGUGUGUUGUUAAUGUGGAUUAAGCUAUUUGUGUUUACAUGUGCACGCACACCACCAUGAACCACUUGGAUUAAGAGGGGUAAAAAGUAAAAUUUGCUUUUUCUCUUGGAUCCUCAUUGACAGUCUGAUGCAGACAGAGCAUUUCCUGGUACCUAUUGUUAAGACAUUAGCAACACCCCUCAGGCUUGAGCGCUCCUCUCCUGCCGUCCUUGGCCUUGUGUACACCUUCCUCUUAAGAACAUAAAAGAACCUGCUGGAUCUGGCCAAAGGCUCAUCCGGUCCAGCAUUUGGUUCUCACAGUGGCCAACUUUGGAAAUUCUGAAAUAAGGACCUGAGUGUAACAGCACUCUCCCCGCUUGCAGUUUCUGGGAACUGGUACCUUCACAGCUUUAACUAUGGCUUAUUCAUUAUUGUUAAUGUUAACUAUGGUUUAGCAGAGUAGUCAGCAGAAUGCGUAACAUUGGACCUAAUUGAUCAAAUGGCCAUACAUCUGUACCAGGCCUAAGAAAAUAUUAUUUAGGUUUUAUUUAUUAAAUUUAUAUCCUACCCAUCCUCCCAAAAGAGCUCAGGGCGGCAUAAAUGUCAUAAAAAUUGCAAGGACAUUUCUAGGUAAUAUGAAAGAGGAGAGAAAAAGAGGGAGGAUGGUCAUGUGUAGUGGAGGCUGUUCCACUGGGGCUAGUGAAGCACUGCCCCACCAGCUUCAGUGUACCCUCAGCCAGCCUGCACCUGCCUGCCUUCUGACUUGACUUAACAAGGCCAGGGGGUGGUUCCCACAUAGAACUCAGCAGGAAGGAGGAGGCUGGGGGCAAGACUAGAAUGAGUUGGCUCUGGCGCCACCUAGUGUUGGGCUCCCUGCCUUCUGCCCCACCAGUCUCAAUGGGCACCAGCCACCAUUGCCCCCCACAUGCGGUGGAGAGUUUCUAUGGCUCAUCUUAACAUUUGCAGAUCACCGAGGAUAAUGGUCCAUACUGCUCUUCCUCUUUCAGGGUCCGCUGACGGUCUUUUCAGCAAAGCAGAGGUGGACUGCUCCUCGCACUGUCCGUUUCCAGUGUGAAGCUGAGGGUCUGGGGUUUACCUUGAAAGGAGGCCCCCCAGUGCAUGUUUACUGCCUGGAUCCAGAUUGCCCUGCAUCAGUAAGUAGGACUCUCCCUAUGCUGCGUUCCACUGGCUUUACAGGGCUCUGUGGGAAAGCUUCACUGCACACUGGGACCUUCCACGUUUGGUGUAGAGGGUAUCGCAUUAAUUUCAGCAAAAUUUUCAGAGUUAAAGAUUAGCAAAAGCUGAACCUUCCCUCUCUUGCACAGCUGUUCAGUUUCCCCUUACAGCAGGGGUAGGAAGGCCUGAGGCAAAAAAUUAAAAACCUGUUCUCCUGUACCUUGAGGUCUUGCUCGCAACAGCAGGCCUGUGAAGUGGGUGGGUCAAUGGGGGCAGAUUCUGUGUCAGGUAUGGACAAGGUGAAGUUGGGGCACAGCCUUGGAAGGGGAUAAGAAAGAGAAAGAGCAGCAGGUGGAGAGAAAAGGCUAGGUGUUCUUCAAUGGGGCUUCCUUCCCAGUUUAUAUGUACAUAGGAUUGCAUACCUGUGACUUUAAUUAUGAUUAUCCUUCACUGUGAGAGGCAGCAUUCUCUGGGUUAGGCAGCACCUGACCACUCACAUACUGUUUGCCAUAUAUGGGAAGGAAAUAUUUCCAGAGAAUGUUACCUGGGGCCGCUCUGGACAGGGGCUUUUCUGCUGGUAUCUUCUGCGACAUCUUUUUGACGCAGUAAUGAUACACUAGUAGUGGACUUAACCUGCUUCAGCAGUUCUGCAAUACUUCUCCAAAGUUACCACAUUAUUGCUGUCUGGAGGACGAAACAAAAAACCCCCAAACCCCAGAAAAUUUGUUAUAUUUGACACGGAUUUUUAGCAGGAAGUUAUAGAAUCUGUAACAAAAUGAAGCCCCAAAAGAUUUGCAUGUGCAAACAGAAUUGAAAAUAGGAUUGUGUAUGACUGUCCUGAUAGCAUCAUGAGCAUGAAGCAUCAAAGAUAUACGCAAUAAAAAGGAUGUCCAGAGGGGCCCAUGUUGCUUUCUGCCCAAUCUCAGCUGAUACUAAGAUGCACCCAUUGAUCCUAAGUUGGCAGGUCUGAAAGAAGGAGACUGUGUCGUUUCCAUUGAAGGCGUGGAUUGCAAAUGGCUGGGAGUGAGUGAGGUCUUGGAAAAAUUGAGAAAUGUCAGCAGGCAAGAGACUGAGAUCCAGGUCAUCAGCUGCCAAGAUAACACAGUGUCCAUGGUAAGUAAAGAGGUAACUCUCAAAUAUGAGCUGGGAACCUACAACAAAGCGUUGCCACCUGGAGUGCUCUUGUUGAAGGCACUAGGCAGCCAUUCCCUUUCUAAGGAUACUCCAUUCCAUUCUCCUUCUCCCUCCCCCACAAAAAAAGGCCUGCCAGCAUUCCAUGCCCACUCAAUAUACUCUGUCUGGGCGAGGAGCUAUGAUUGUUUCCCUCUAAAGUUGUUUUUCUAUUCUGUAGGCUUCAUGUUGGUUUUGGAUGUUUUCUAAAUCUAGGAACUAGGGAAAGGAUUUCACCUUUUCUCAGCAGUCUCCGUGCUAACUAGACUAGUAUUAAAUUCUUAUUUUUUCCAAAGUUGCUGCUAGUGAUCUGUCCAAGUAUAUGUUUCACGAAUUUAACGCUGAGCAUAUAGCCCUUUUCAAAAGCAGGCAGCCCUGGACAAAUUGCCUUCUUACAAAACAUGCUUCCCCCUAUGAGUCUUUCCAGACCUAACAAGCAAAGUUCAGUGGUCUAGAUUGGCCUGUGUCCAUCAUGGAAUAUAAUUAAUGCUGAAGAAUGGCAAAAUCUGUCUCAGCAAAUGGUUCACACACUGCAUGCCCUUUUGUUGUCUUCCAAAUGUUGACCCAUCAUGGAUGACUGAUUAUUAAUAUUUUUUAUGCUCUUUCCCUCCUAGCAUAACAAAAGUGCAACUUAUUCUGCAGGAAUGCAGAAAACAUACUCUCUGAUUUGUUUGGCUAUGGAAGAAGAUAAAAUAGAUAAGACCAAGAAGGUGGCUCCUAAACUUUCCUUUUUGAGUUGGGGAACGAAGAACAGAAAAAAAGCAGCCAGCACACUCUGCCUGCCUUCCGCUGUGCCUGGAAGCACCCCAACCAAGAAGAAACUUGUCUCGCCUUUCACACUCUUGAGUACGGACAGCUCCUUGUACUAGGACUUGAAAAGAGAGGCUUAUUCUUGCUGGAAAGGUUCCCUGAAUGCAUGUGCCAUAAAUCUGAAAUGUAGCCCUUUUGUGAAUCUGGAGUAAGCCCAGAGUUACAGCACUGCCAGCUGACAUCUGGCCCACCCUACAUGGUUUUUAAGGAUCCUGCGCUGCCACUGUUGGAGAAGCACAGCAUUGUCAUCAGGAGAGAUUUGGGAGUCCUUUCGCUUGAAAAGAAAAUUCCGUAUGUUGCUACCAGACUACAAGUGAGAUUCCUGUCUGGGUUUCUGUCCUAGUUAUUAUUUGUCCAGCAAAACUAUAGACAUAGUUGUUUAUAGCAUGCAGUAUAAGCUGCAAAGACUUAUGAAGGAUUUUUAAAAAUGUCAUUGUAUAUAGCAGGGGCAAGUUCAUGACACGAUACCGAUACCGGUGAUGAACAGCAAUUUUAAACGAAGGCUGAUUGAAUGUCCGCUUUAGACUGGCAGAGGAAGGAAAACAAUUGCUUGCAAAAAUGCCAUAGAGUUAGGGGCAGUUCUCCUGUCGCUGUACAUUGAUGUGGAGCCAUUGAAGUCCAGCAAAGAUUACAGGGGAGGCUGAUGUGGUGGCCCUCCAGAUAAUCUCUGACCAUAAUCCCUAAUCACUGGCCAAGAUGGUGGAAACAACUGGGGGUCCCCAAAUACCAGGGGUGCAGCAGGUUCCCCCAUCCCUUGGUUAAGUUAAUAAGCAGGUGCUCGUGCGCUGUCUGCCCAAAGUUUCAGAGCAUUGUGGGAAAUUAAAAUGGCAACAGUUCAGUGCCAAUCAGAGUGGCCACCCACUGCUAGGACUUGUCAAUUUAGGAGGGGGGGCUCAUCUGAGAGCACUUUGUCAAAGGUCCCCUCAAACUUGGGAGAUGGUCCCCGUUAUGGACAGAAAAAAGCCUGCUGGAUCAGGCCAGUGGCCCAUCUAGUCCAGCAUCCUGUUCUCACAGUUGCUUGUGGGAAACCAGCAAGCAGGAUUCGAACACAAGAGGCUUCUCCCCUCUUAUGGUUUCUAGCAACUGGUAUUCAGAAGCAUUGCUGCUUCCAACUGUGGAGGGCAGAGCAUAUCCGUUGUGGCUAGCAACCAUUGAUAGCCCUCUCUUCCAUGAAGUUACACGAAUUGAAACCAGUGGUGGGGAACCUCUGGCCCUCCAGAUGUGGAGUCCAACAUUACAGCGCCACCACAGGAUAGACCCACAGCAAUGCAUCUUCCAUGGUGCUGCUAUGUAAUGUGCAGAGGGCAUUGAGUAUACCUUUCACAAACACGGUUUAGCAGUCCUAAUAUUUCAGAAUUGCAUGAUAUGCUGUAGGUUCUUUACCUCUGUGAAGCCGAAUAAUAACUGUAAAUAUGGCAGUUUGUGGUGUCAUUUUAAACUAUCCGGGUUAUAUAUUGCUACAGAUGUUAAAGAUAGGAAGGGGCAAUAAAAAAAUCGCUUUUGGCCUGGAUCAAGCUCACACCAUUAUAAAAACGUAUAGUUCAGUUACAGCAGAGCUGGGGAAGUGGUGACCUUCCAGAUUGUGUUGGAAUCCAGCAUCAGAACCAGUUAGCAGGCCCGCUGGUUGGGGAUUUUGUGACUGGUAGUUCAGCAACAUCUGGAGGGUCACAGCCCCCACCCCAAGCUGCAGCUUCCAUAGUGCCACUGUAUUUGGAGUAAUAUUCCAAAGCGCUUCCAAUGUAAUUAACAGUGCCUUAAAGAGAAAUUUAGGGAUUCACCAGUGACUUAGGAACUCAGCCAGCUGGUAAAUGUGAUCUCUCCCCCACCCCGUAAUUUUGUGUUUUAUUGCUGCUAUAACUUCUGUUCAUUGUAAAGUUGCAGGUUGCUAACACAGUUGUGUUAGACUGAAAUAUUGUCUACAGGGUAGAUCUUACGAUGUUUGGUCAAUACAGAUUAAGCGGAUGAAAUCCUAACUCCAUCUGAGCUCCUGCUUUGGGUUGCGCUGGAGUUCAGAUUGCUUCUGCUGAUUUGAAAUUUUAGAAAAUGUUUCAAGUGGAAAGUUUUUGGAAAAUCUGGACCACUAACUUUGUAUUAACUCAUGAUUCUUCUUAGGCUUUUGUGUUUAUACAUGGUAGGGUGUAAAUAUAUAAAUUUUAAAAGAUUUUAUUUAAGAAUGAGUCCUGCAGGUGAAUUCUGCUGAGGAACAACUUAUUUUCCAUUUGAAUAUGAACAGUAUGAUACAGUUUCAAUUCUGAUUGACUGUUGACAUUUGUUUAGAAUGCAGAUUUAAAACAACUUGCUUCAUAAUGAUCCUUCUGUGAAAGGAAAAAUCAUAAAUAGCAGCUGCUGCUAUUGUUUUUUGUUGUUGUGCAAUAUCUGAAUUAACACUGUGGAAUCAAUCCUGUCCAUUAAUAAAAUAUGUGUAGCAAGUCAUGC